GCAGCAAAACUGAGCGUCGCGUACCUAUCCUCAAAACUGACAGCUAUGUCGACGGGGCCGAUCGAAUACUCGUGUCAGGCGACUGUGGACCUUGACAUCUGAGGGUUGGGGUCUGAGGCCGGGAUCGGGAGCAUGUUGAAGGAGCGAGACAGCUCGGAGCGCUCCCCGACGCCCCCCGACGAGUGCGCGGGGUGCGGGGGCCGGAUCCAGGAUCGCUACUACCUGCUGGCGGUGGACCGGCAGUGGCACGGCAGCUGCCUGCGCUGCUGCGAGUGCCGCCUGCCGCUGGACUCCGAGCUCACCUGCUUCUCCAGAGACGGCAACAUCUACUGCAAGGAUGAUUACUACAGACUGUUCUGCGUGAAACGUUGCGCGCGAUGCGGCACGGGCAUCACAGCCAACGAGCUGGUCAUGCGGGCGCGCGAGAUGGUGUUCCACCUCACCUGCUUCACGUGCGCGGCUUGCGGCACGCAGCUGGCCAAGGGGGACGUCUUCGGCAUGAGGGACGGCAUGGUCUACUGCCGACCACACUACGACAGCGCCUGUCUCGACGAGUACUGCGAGGAUGAACUUGGCGCUGUUUAUAGGUGUCAAGACCUACAAGGCGAUGGAGAAGCGUUGUCUCAAUUUUACGGAACUCCAGGACAGAAGGGGCGGCCGAGGAAGAGGAAGCUGCCUCAGGGAUCUCCAGACGACAUGCAGGUGCAAACUAUGAGGAUGGCUAGCACUGCUUUAGAAAUCCUCCACCGCGGUGACCUGUCAUCCUCCAUGGAGUCCCUCGCCUACGACUCGUCCGUGGCGUCCCCGGGCUCCGUCUCCAGCCACACGCAGCGCACCAAGCGCAUGCGCACCAGCUUCAAGCACCACCAGCUGCGCACCAUGAAGUCCUACUUCGCCAUCAACCAGAACCCUGACGCGAAGGAUCUGAAACAGCUGGCGCAGAAGACAGGUCUCUCGAAAAGGGUGCUACAGGUUUGGUUCCAAAACGCGCGCGCGAAGUGGCGCCGGAACAUAAUGAGGCAAGACUCGAACCACGCGUCGCUAGGUCAAGGCGAGCACCACAGCAACAACGGGGGCCUGCUGUCGGGCGUGUCUCCGCCGGCCCCCAGCCAGAUGAUCCUGGCCGAGCCUCUCCAGACGAUAGAGGACAUGAGGGUCCACACGCCCCAUGCUAACCACCAGAUGACGUUUAGCGAACUCUACUGACACGGGGAUGACGCCACCUUUGAGGUUUUUCAGGAACAUGCUUAGUUCUAGACGGAGUGUUGCAAAAGUGGUGUACAUAGUAAGAAGAUAGGUCUGGGGUUUGAUGUAAAAUUUAGGAAAUUAUGUUUGCUUAUUCAUAAUAACUUGUUGGUUAGAUGUUUUUUGUAUGGGAAGGAGAUUUUUUUCUUUUCAAGAAAGAAUUUGUAUUGAGCUGCCAAGUCACAGUUUUUUUCUGUUUUUUAUUCGGUUAACUAUUCCACUUUUGCAAUAUGGUAUGUGAAAGUUAGAGGGAUGCCCAAGUUUGGGGACUUUUUCGUGAAUAAAGUUAAAAGUCUCCGUAAUAGUAAACUUACUUAUCUGUGUCAUAUAAUUACCUUAAAUGUGUAAUACAUAGCGGUAAUAUAAGAGACGUGUGAUUUUUUAAAAGGGCUAUUUCGGAUUGUUUCGAUGUAUGAGUCCUAACGCUAUUCAAACCGAAUGCGUUUAGCUGCCAGUUGCGACGGCUUACCUACAGAGCCCAGAUAAGUUUUCUUAAUAUAAGCCAUAUAUAGGUACGGUAGAAAAUUUAAGUGAUUACCUAGUAACUAAUAACAAAUUCAAUGUUGUAGGGCAACUAACUACUUAUACGUAUUUAAGAUGGAUUUUAAUCAGUACUUAAGUACUUAAUAGACACUGUAAGAGGAAUUCGUAAAGCAUUCGAUAGUUUAAGCACAUAAUUAUUGAUCAUUGCAUUGGGUACAUGCAAAACAUAUUUAUAUAGUCGUACAUAUUUUAUGUUACAUAGUACGUAAUCGCGGUAAUCGUAUUGAUAAGUAUAUAUGAAACUACGUAGCCGUAGUUAAAACCAUUUUAAGAAGGGAACUUUUAAACAUAACUUAAUUCACCAUAGUAGGGUUUGUAAUAUAGGUACCUACAUAGUUACGCAAAAUUAAACAUAGGAACCUAUCCUAGUAGUAUCAUAGUAUGUAGUAACUACGAGUAUAGAAAUUUAUACAACUUGUAAAUAAUAAAAUUAUUAAUUUAUUGGAAAUCUAAAGUGAUUUAUUCUCACUUAAAUGUAUAAUGGUGUCGGUAGUUCGCAGUUCGCACAUACCUAAUUAUACGUAAGCUGUGGUACUUAUGAUGCCGCACUGUAGAAAUAAUGUUUAUAAAAUAAUCUAUAGUGUAGAGGGUAAUAAUAUCUUCAACACCCGGACAUCUCGGGUUCUAACCCUGGUGGGACCAUCAAUAAGUUAGUUCUUUCUAAAUGGUGGUUUCCAAAAGGUUGAUCAGUAUUUUUAUCACCUUAUUUCGGAAAAGUUGAGGAUUUUUUAUAGUGUUGGUUGGUGAUCAAAGAUGGGGAUGAGUAUACAUAUAUACGCAUACUCACGAGCGAAGAAAAAAUUCCAGUGAGCAAUGGAAUGUGGAACUCUUUCAUUGCUCGUGAGUGUAUACUAUUCGAAAGUAAUCUCACCGCAUUGAUGAAUGGAAAAAUAGGUCUUGAGAUGUACUACAUACAGGGUGUUGCAAAAAGGGUAUCAUCACGACCCAUCACGUCCCCACUGCUGGGGCACGGGUCUCCUUCCAAUGAAGGAAGGGUUUUUGGCCUAGUC